AAGCCGGCCCCGCCGAGUGAUGAGAACAGACGUCAAACUGCCUUAUGAAUAUUGAUGCGGAGGCUAGGCUGCUUUCGUAGAGAAGCAGAAGGAAGCAAGAUGGCUGCCCUUUAGGAUUUGUUAGAAAGGAGACCUGACUGCAACUGCUGGAUUGCUGCAAGGCUGCGAGACGAGAACGAGAAUUCAUCCAGAGGGCAGCCUUGUGGAUGGCCCCGAAGCAAGCCUGAUGGAACAGGAUAGAACCAACCAUGUUGAGGGCAACAGACUAAGUCCAUUCCUGACACCAUCUCCUUCUCCUGUUUGCCAGACAGAACCUCUGGCUAUAAAGCUCCAGAAUGGAAGCCCAUUAACUGAGAGACCUUAUCCAGAAGUAAACGGAGACACCAAGUGGCAGUCUUUCAGAAGUUAUCAUGGAAUACCCUAUAUGAAAGGAAGCCAGAACAGCCGUGUGAGUCCAGACUUUAUACAAGAAGGUAGAGAGUAUUCCAGGUGUUUGCAAAAUGGAGGAAUAAAACGCACGGUUAGUGAACCUUCUCUCUCUGGGCUCCAUCAGAACAAGAAAUUGAAACAAGACCAAAAGGCUAAUGGAGAAAGAACGAACUUCGGGGAAAGCCAAGAAAGAAAUCCAGGCAAAGGCAGCAGUCAACCAAAUGUCUCCAAUUUGAAUGAUAAGAGAGAAUCUGUGAGCUCUGUAGCCCCAGCAAAUGCAGUUAAAGAUGUCACCAGUUUUUCAACACAUAACUGCAGUGGGCGUGAAAGUCCAGAGCUUCAGAUUCUCAAUGAGCAUGAGGGGAAAAAUGCUAACUACCAUGACAAGAACAUUGUAUUACUUCUUAAAAACAAAUCAGUGCUAAUGCCUAAUGGUGCUACAGUUUCUGCCUCUUCCAUGGAAAAUACACAUGGUGAACUCCUGGAAAAAACACUGUCUCAAUAUUAUCCAGAUUGUGUUUCCAUUGCGGUGCAGAAAACCACAUCUCACAUACAUGCCAUUAACAGUCAGGCUACUAAUGAGUUGUCCUGUGAGAUCACUCACCCAUUGCAUACCUCAGGGCAGAUCAAUUUCCCACAGACCUCGAACUCUGAGCUGCCUCCAGAGCCAGCUGCAGUGGUGACUGAGGCCUGUGAUGCUGAUAAUGGCUGUAAACCAGCUGCAGUGCUAGGUACCUGUCCCUUUCAGAAACCAGAAAAACAGAAAUCGGUUUUUGAGAUUUGCCCAUCUCCUACAGAAAACAAUAACAUCCAAGGAACCACAAAGCUAUUAUCUGGUGCAGAAUUCUGUUCAGGUUCCAGCAGCAAUUUGCAAGCUCCUGGUGGCAGCUCUGAACGGUAUUUAAAACAAAAUGAAAUGAAUGGUGCUCACUUCAAGCAAAGUUCAGUGUUCACUAAGGAUUCCUUUUCUGCCACUGUCACACCACCACCAUCACAAUUGCUUCUUUCUCCCCCUCCUCCUCUUCCAGAGGUUCCUCAGCUUCCUUCAGAAGGAAAAAGCACCCUGAAUGAUGGUGUUUUGGAAGAACACCAUCGCUACCACAACCAAAGUGAUACAACUCCUUUAAGGGAAGUGAAAAUAGAGGGUCAGUCCAAGGCACCACCAUCCCAGAGUCCUAAUCCAUCUACACAUACAUCCAACCACUCUCUGAUGCUUCCAGAAAGGCUUCAGAGUAAUUGUGUUAACAAGAAUGACAUAAGGACUCCAGGAACAAUGACUGUUCCAUUGUGUUCUGAGAAGACAAGGCUAGUAUCAGAACAUCUGAAACAUAAUUCACCAAUUCUUGGUAGCAGUGGGGUUUCACAGGACCACUGCCAACAGUCGAUGGGACACAAAGAGCGAGAGAUUCUGAAGGGUCGAGACAAGGAACAAACACGAGAUUUUGUGCUCCCAAAACAGCCCUAUCUGAAACCAGGAUGGAUUGAAUUGAAGGCCCCUCACUUUCAUCAAGCAGAAUCCCAUCUAAGAUAUAAUGACGCAUCACUGCGGUCAAUUCUUCAAUGUCAGUCCAACUCCUCCAAUCAAAUGACCUCCAAACAAUACACUGGAAAUUCCAACACGCCUGGGGGCCUCCCAGGGCAAGCUUAUAUCCAGAAAAUAAUGCAGCCGGAGCAGAGGCCACAAAGGUACCAAAUUGAGAUAAAACAAGGGCAGUCUCAAGGUACGGUGGACCAGCAUCUCCAGUUCCAAAAACCCUCACUCCAGGUGCACUUCAAGACAGACCUUUCAUCCGAAGCUCACAUGCAGUCACUGUGUGCCCCUAGACUUCAUUUUCAACAAAGACCAGAUUCCCAAACUGAGAAACUCAUGCCCUCAACAUUGAAGCAGCACUUGAAUCAACAGGCUUCAGAGACUGAGCCAUUUUCAAACUCAUACCUUUUACAACAUAAGCCUCAUAAGCAGGCAGCACAAACGCAGACAUCCCAGAAUUCACAUCUCCCUCAAAACCAGCAGCAGCAGCAAAAAUUACACAUGAAGAAUAAAGAACAAAUGCCCCAGACUUUUUCUCAUCCCCAAGGCAACAAUGAUCAGCAAAGAGAAGGAUCAUUCUUUAGCCAGGUUAAAGUGGAAGAAUGCUUUCGUGGUGAAAAUCAGUAUUCGAAAUCAAGUGAGUUCCAGACUCAUAAUUCCCAAGUGAGAUUGGAGCACAUACAGAAUAUGAACAGUAGAAAUUCUCUCUAUGGUCAGAUCUUGAAAUCGAGUGCAAGCAAAGUGCAGAUUUCUUGUUCAAACAAUACACACCUAGUUCCAGAGAAUAAAGAACAGACUAUAAAUCCUGAACUUUUUGCAGGAAACAAGACUCAAAACUUGCAUCACAUGCAAUAUUUUCCAAAUAAUGUGACCCCAAAGCAAGAUGCUCUUCACAGGUGCUUUCAAGAACAAGAGCAGAAGCCUCAACAAGCUUCAGUUCUACAGGGAUAUAAAAGUAAAAACCAGGAUACGUCUGGCCAACAAGCUGCACAACUCACUCAGCAAAGGUACCUGAUGCAAAACCAAGCAAAUGCUUUCCCUGUGCCUGACCAGGGAGGAAGUCACAUUCACACCCCUCCUCAGAAGGACAUUCAAAAGCAUGCUGCUCUAAGGUGGCACCUCUUACAGAAGCAAGAGCAGCAGCAAGCCCAACAAUUCCAAACUGAGUCUUGCCAUAAUCAGACUCAGAGGCCAAUUAAGGUUGAACCUGGAUCCAAGCCCCAUGCUUGUAUGCAUCCCAUGUCAGAAAACAAAUCAUGGAAAAAGAUAACUAAGCAAGAGAUUCCACCUCCAAGCUGUGAUAAUGUACAGCAAAGGAGCAUCCUUGAGACCAUGGAGCAACAUCUGAAGCAGUUUCCAGUCAAAUCAUUAUUUGACCAUAAGGCUCUUACUCUCAAAUCACAGAAGCAAGUAAAAGUUGAGAUGUCAGGGCCAGUCACGGUUUUAACUAGACAAACAACUGCUGCAGAGCUUGAUAGCCACACCCCAGCUUUAGAGCAGCAAGCAACUCCUUCUUCAGAAAAGACACCAACCAAAAGAACAGUUGGUUCUGUUCUCAAUAAUUUUUUAGAGUCACCAUCCAAAUUACUAGAUACUCCUAUAAAAAAUUUAUUGGAUACACCUGUCAAGACUCAAUAUGAUUUCCCAUCAUGCAGAUGUGUAGAGCAAAUUAUUGAAAAAGAUGAAGGUCCUUUUUAUACCCAUCUAGGAGCAGGUCCUAAUGUGGCAGCUAUUAGAGAAAUCAUGGAAGAAAGGUUUGGACAGAAGGGUAAAGCUAUUAGGAUUGAAAGAGUCAUCUAUACUGGUAAAGAAGGCAAAAGUUCUCAGGGAUGUCCUAUUGCCAAAUGGGUGGUGCGCAGAAGCUGCAUUGAGGAGAAGCUACUGUGUUUGGUGCGGGAGCGAGCUGGCCACACCUGUGAGGCUGCAGUGAUUGUGAUUCUCAUCCUGGUGUGGGAAGGAAUCCCACUGUCUCUGGCUGACAAACUCUACUCGGAGCUCACCGAGACGCUGAAGAAAUAUGGCACGCUCACCAACCGUCGGUGUGCCCUGAAUGAAGAGAGAACUUGUGCCUGUCAAGGGCUGGACCCAGAGACCUGUGGUGCCUCCUUUUCUUUUGGUUGUUCAUGGAGCAUGUACUACAAUGGAUGUAAGUUUGCCAGAAGCAAGAUACCAAGAAAAUUUAAGCUGCUUGGGGAUGACCCAAAAGAGGAAGAGAAACUGGAGUCUCAUUUACAAAACCUGUCUACUCUUAUGGCACCAACAUACAAGAAACUUGCACCUGAUGCAUAUAAUAAUCAAAUUGAAUAUGAACACAGAGCACCAGAAUGCCGCCUGGGUCUGAAGGAAGGCCGUCCGUUCUCAGGGGUCACUGCAUGUUUGGACUUCUGUGCUCAUGCCCAUAGAGACUUGCACAACAUGCAGAAUGGCAGCACAUUGGUGUGCACUCUCACUAGAGAAGACAAUCGAGAAAUUGGAGGAAAACCCGAGGAUGAGCAGCUCCACGUUCUGCCUCUCUACAAAGUCUCUGAUGUGGAUGAGUUUGGGAGUAUAGAAGCUCAGGAGGAGAAAAAGCGAAAUGGUGCCAUUCAGGUACUGAGUUCUUUUCGGCGGAAAGUCAGGAUGUUAGCAGAGCCAGUCAAGACGUGCCGACAAAGGAAACUAGAAGCCAAGAAAGCUGCAGCUGAAAAGCUUUCCUCUCUGGAGAACAGCGCAAACAAGAAUGAAAAGGAAAAGUCAGUCUCAUCUCGUACAAAACAGAUGGAAAAUGCAACCCAGGCUAAACAAUUGGCAGAACUUUUGCGACUUUCAGGACCAGUCUUACAGCAGGCCCAGCAGCCCCAGCAGCCCCAGCCCCAAUCACAACCCCAACAACUACAGAAGCAACCUCCGCAGCCACAGAAGCAGCUACCACAGCCACCACAGCUGCAGCGACCCCAUAACCCUCAGUCAGAGGCUGUCAACUCUUACUCUUCUUCUGGAUCCUCCAGUCUAUACAUGAGACGGCCCAAUCCAGUUAGUCCGUAUCCGAGCUCUUCACACACUUCAGAUGCUUAUGGAGGUGCCAACCCUAUGAACUUCUAUUCCACCUCAUCCCAAGCUGCAGGUUCAUAUUUGAAUUCUUCUAAUCCCAUGAACCCCUACUCCAGGCUUUUAAAUCAGAAUAACCAGUAUCCAUCAUAUCAGUGCAAUGGAAACGUGUCAAUGGACAACUGCUCCCGGUAUCUGGGUUCUUAUUCUCCCCAGUCUCAGCCCAUGGAUCUAUAUAGGUAUCCAAACCAAAACCCUCUCUCCAAGCUAAAUCUACCACCCAUCCAUACACUUUACCAGCCAAGGUUUGGAAAUAGCCAGGGUUUUACUUCUAAGUACUUAGGUUACGGAAACCAAAAUAUGCAGGGAGAUACCUUUAGCAGUUGUACUAUUAGGCCAAACGUACACCAUGCAGGGACGAUUCCUCCUUAUUCCACUCAUGAGAUGGAUGGUCACUUCAUGGGAGCCACCCCUAGACUACCACCCAAUUUGAGCAGUCCGAACAUAGACUAUAAAAAUGGUGAACAUCACCCAUCCGCUCAUAUAAUCCAUAACUACACUGCAGCUCCAGGCAUGUUCAACAGCUCUCUCCAUGCCCUGCAUCUCCAAAACAAGGAGAAUGACCUGCUUUCCCACACGGCUAACGGGUUAUCGAAGAUGCUCCCGGGUCUCCAGCACGACCGAAUGGCUUCGGUCCAGGAGGACUUACACAAAUUCCAGGAGGCCGGCGGUCAGGAAAGGCAGCCUCCUGCUGCUGCUGAGGACAACGACGAGGUCUGGUCAGACAGCGAGCAGAGCUUUCUGGAUCCCGACAUCGGGGGCGUGGCUGUGGCUCCAACUCAUGGGUCGAUUCUCAUUGAGUGUGCAAAGCGUGAGCUUCACGCCACAACCCCCUUGAAGAAUCCCAACAGGAAUCACCCCACCAGGAUCUCGCUUGUCUUUUACCAGCACAAGAGCAUGAACGAGCCCAAACAUGGCCUGGCGCUCUGGGAAGCCAAGAUGGCCGAAAAGGCCCGUGAGAAAGAAGAAGAGUGUGAGAAGUACGGCCCGGACUAUGUGCCUCAGAAAACCCACGGCAAAAAAGUGAAACGGGAACCCUCUGAGCCGCACGAGCCCUCCGAGCCCACUUACCUGCGCUUCGUCAAGUCCCUUGCUGAAAGGACCAUGUCCGUGACCACAGACUCCACAGUCACCACGUCUCCCUACGCCUUCACUCGGGUCACAGGGCCUUACAACAGAUACAUAUGAUAUCGCCCCUUGCGUUGGUUACCUCAUUUGUAAAGACCACAACCAACCUGUCCGUAGUGUAGUUCUCAUGACAUGGACAGUGGGGAAAGGACACAGUAUUCAUGACAAAUGGGGUAGGAAGAACCUCAGCUCACCAGCAAAAAAAGAGGUCAUCUUACCAUAGCACUUAAUUUCCACUGACUCCUAAGUGGUCACAGAUGGCAUCUAGGCAAAAGACCAAAGCAUUCUAUGCAAAAAGAAGGUGGGGAAGAAAGUGUUCCACCAUUUACAUUUUUAAACACUGGUUCUAUUAUUGGAUGAGAUGAUAUGUAAAUGUGACUUUUUUCCCCCAUGCAACUCUACACAUCUGUGACCAUUUUUAAUAAUACCGAGUUUGCAUAGUCAUGGAACACAAGUACUGUAGUAUUACAGUGGCAGGACUCUUAAAUACCAUCUGGUGCUGAAUAUAUAUACUGAAAUACUGGAAUUAUGGCAUUUUAACAUGCAGUUUUUACUGUAAUCUUAAUAUUAACUUUUAUUUAUCAAAAUAGCUACAAGAAGAGUAAAUGAAUAGACAGCAAAACAUUGAAUUUGUUUGGAUGUUCUAAGAAAUGGUGCUAAGAAAAUGGUGUCUUUAACAGUUGAAAAUUUAAUGCCUUUAUAUCAUCAAGAUGCUAUCAGUGUACUCCAAUGCCCUUGAAUAAUAGGGGUUCCUUUUCAUUCAAGUUUUUAUCAUAAUUACCUAUUCUUACACAAGCUUAGUUUUUAAAAUGUGGACAUUUAAAGGCUUCUGGAUUUUGCUCCUCCAGUGAAGUCCUUGUAGGACAAUAAACAUAUAUUUGUACAUAUAUAUAUAUAUAGAUAUACACACACACAUACAUAUGUAUAUGUACACACAUGUAUAUGUAUAAAUAUUUUAAAUGGUGUCUUAGAAGCACUUUGCCUACCUAAGCUUUGACAACUUGAACAAUGCUAAGGUACUGAGACGUUUAAAAAAAAAGUUUACUUUCAUUUUAGAAUGCAGAGUUGAUUUUUUUAAGGAAAGGAAAGCUUUUAAAAUAUUUUUGCUUUUAGCCAUGCAUCUGCUGAUGAGCAGAGUGUCCAUUUUUAACACAGCCGGUUAAAUCCAAAGGUGGCUUACUGGAUUCAAGGGAAUACAUUAGUACACAAAACAUAUGUUUUCUGGUGCUCAUCUCACAUGCUAUACUGUAAAAGUUUUAUACAAAAUUGUAUGACAAGUUCAUUGCUCAAAUAUGUAGAGUUUUAAGAAUUUUCUAUCAACUGCAGGUAAUAAUUAACUGCAUGCUAUACAGACUCAACCAAGCUGUUCACUUAUGUGAAGCAAUUUUAUGGAUCUGUCUGCUCUUCAGCGAACCGAAUGACAGUCUGCCUUUGUGUUGAUAAUUGUACAUUGUGAUGUUGUCAUUUCUUAGCUUAAGUGUCCUCUUAACCAGAGAGAUUGAGCAGACUGAUGCCUGCAUAAGAUAAAUAAACAGGGUUAGUUCCAUGUGAAUCUGUUAAUUAAAAAGAAAAAACAGGCAGCUGGUUUGCUGUGAUGGUUUUAAAUCAUUAAUUUGUAUAAAGAAGAAAGAAAGAGAUGUAUAGUAAGUAAAUUAAAUUGUAAACAAAACUUUUUUAACGCAAUGCUUUAGUAUUUUAGUACUGUAAAAAAUUUAAAUAAAUAAAAAUAUAUAUAUAUAUAUGGAUUGAAGCAGAAUUCACAUCAUGAUGGUGCUACUCAGCCUGCUACAAAUAUAUCAUAAUGUGAUCUAAGAAUUCAUUAAAGGUUUGAGUGAUGCUCCUACUUGUCAUAUACCUCAACACUAGUUUGGCAAUAGGAUAUUGAACUGAGAGUGAAAGCUUAUAGCAUUGUGUACCAUCGUUUUUUUCCAAGUCUUUUUUAUUAUUAAAAAAGCAUAACUUUUUUCAAUACUUGAUUUCUUAGCAAGUAUAACUUGAACGUCAACCUUUUUGUUCUAAAAAAUCAGGGAUAUUUCAGCUCAUGUUCUCCUUAUGCCAACAUGUCACCUGUGUUUAUGUAAAAUUGUUGUAGGUUAAUAAAUAUAUUCUUUUUCAGGGAUUUAACUUGUUUAUUUUGAAUCCCUCCUAUUUUCUUGUAUAUGUCCUAAUGUAACUAAAACUAAUUUUGUAAAUCUGUUGGCUCUUUUUAUUGUAAAGAAAAGCAUUUUAAAAGUUUGGGGAAUAUUUUGAUUGUGUCAAGCAGGAAGAAAAUUACAUGAAAACAGAAUGCACUGAGUUGAUAAAGGGAAAAUUGUAAGGCAGGAGUUUGGCAAGUGAUUGUUGGCUAAAGUCUUUCAACUCUCUAUAAAGAAUUUUUGAUCCUAUAAUCAGUAUACGUAAAGAUCCAUGAAGACUUCUCCAAACAGGUGAAGCUCUUACGGGUGUGGUAUACAAUCGACUGUACAAUUACGUUUUGGUCUAAGUACAUUUUUGCUUACUAACAUUUCAAAUAAAUUCUUAAUCAGAGGAGGCCUUUGAGUUUUAUUGGUCAAAUCUUUAUGACAUGGCUUUUGUCUUUAAAAAACUUUGGUUUUGGUUUUUGGCCGUGACCAAUUUACAAAAAUUUCAAAAAUAUUUGCUUUGCAUAUGUCAAACCACAUGUUUUUAAUAUUUUGUGUAUACCCUAUAUCUAACCCAAAUAUUUGGUUACUACAUGCACAUCUAUUGGUUUUGAGUCAGCCAUCUCUAUAUGAAUAUUUGGUUUCUAUAUCACCCACUGUCACUUGCCAAACUGCUGGCCUACAAGAGCAGAAAGUGUAAUAUUGGGGAUUGGGGAGAGGUUAGGUAGGGAGAAGAGGAAAUUGAGUGGCAUAUUGUAAAUAUCAGAUCUAUAAUUGUAAAUAUCAACCUGCCUCAGAAUGAAUGGAAAGCAGAAAUCCAAUUUGCUUAUAUAGGAAUAUCAGGUUGACUAUAUAGCCAUACUUGAAAAUGCUUCUGAGUGGUGUCAACUUUACUUGAAUGAAUUUUUCAUCUUGAUUGACGCACAGUGGUGUACAGUUCACUUCUAAAGCUAGUGGUCAACUUGUGUAGGAAAUUUUUGCAGUUUGACACUAAGAUAAUGAACUCUGUGUGCAUUUUUCUAUGCUUUUUUAAAAACUUAGUUUCAUUUCAUUUUCAUGAGAUGUUUGGUUUGUCCAUAAAAUCUGAGGAGGGUUAUAAAUACUGUAAGUAUUGUAAUGUUAUGAAUGCAGGUUAUUUGAAAGCGUUUAUUAUUAUAUCAUUCCUGAUAACGCUAUGUGAGUGUUUUUAAUAAAAUUUAUAUUUAUUUAAUGCACUCUA